AUGACUUCAAGAGUCAUAGAUGCGGCCGCCGAAAAGAAGCCUGUGAACUUCUCCGAGCUUGCCAGCAACGUGGCUUUCGACACCGCAGCUGCUCUUAACUACAGUGUCGACACGUACAGUGAGGUCGACAAGGACCACACCAUUAUGAAGUGUCUUGAAAAUAUCGCCAUGGGGCCCAGUGGCUGGAGAAUCGUGAUGAUGUUUCUCAUGCCAACUUUGUACAAGGCCUUGCAGCCCGAUUAUCCUCCGAAGUCAAGUACCGAUGUAUUCAAGGCAUUUGUGUCACACGUAAUUGAAGACAGGAAGUCGAAGAACAAGGAAGAAGACGACUUUCUUCAGGUUUUUAUGAAUGCUGACUACAACUGGGAAUAUGACGCAGCGAAAAAGUCCGAGAGAUCCGAAAUAAAGAAAAUGUCACUGGACGAAAUGACCGCCCAAAUUAUAUUGUUCUUCAUGGCUGGAGUGGACAGUGUGCCUAACGCCCUCACCGUUACCGCUUACUACCUGGCCCUUAAUCCUGAAAGUCAAGACAAAGUCAUUGCAGAGGUAGACAAGGCACUUGCAAAGGAUGGACUCACAUACAAUUCUCUGCAGGAGGUGCAGUAUCUCGACGCUUGCAUCAAGGAGGCCAUGAGACUUUGCAUUCCCGAUUCAAUACUCUUGAGGGUCUGUACGGAGGAAACUAUGGUGGCGGGCAUCCACUUCAAGCCAGGCAUGUGCGUGGAGAUUCCUGUCGCUGGAAUCCACUACGACCCGGAAUAUUUUCCUGAACCAGAAAAUUUCAAUCCUGACCGGUUCAUGCCGGAAAACAAGGAUUCCAUAAGGCCAUUCACUUACAUGCCUUUCGGUGCCGGACCUCGCAACUGCGUCGGCAUGCGCCUCGGCUUCCUUCAGGUGAAGGCAACUCUCGCGUGUCUGCUUCAGCACGUUAGAUUGGAGACCUGCCCAGGAACAAUGGUGCAAUGA